GUGCCAUAUUUCCCACUCUGUCCUCUUCACCGUUCAACGGCGAUCACUGAUCAGUACUAAGCAGCCGAACUGAGUCCGUAAUGUCGAAUUCUUUGCCGACCCUCCGUCGCAAUCUCAUUCGGUUAUCCGAACCAAUCAGAGAAUCUCUACAACAAAUACAGUACACUCCACCAGAAGGCAGUAAUAUCUCCAUCAAAUCCAUGCUUGAGUCCCUUCUCCCACGCAGCACCUCUCCCUCAAACGACCAUAUCUCUGAAGAAGAAGACCGAAUCUGCAGCGAAAUUAAGGAUUUCUCUCUCUGCUGCGCAGCUCUAGCUUCCUCCGAAGGUUCGACUCACGAACAACUCUCCUGGAUUCCCAAGGACCUCUCGUUUACAGCAGCCUCCGCUUUUCGAGCGCUCUCCGAAGCUUUCUUCUCCAGCUUCGACUCGAGACAGUCAAAGAGGCUUGGUGAAUUGGGAAUGGAUCACAGUUUGGUGUCAGACGAGAAGAAAUUGGUGGUGGAAUUGAUGCCAGAGGUGUUGCCUUCGAUCAAAGCGAGUAUAAAGGAGAGUUCGAUUGACGCUUCGGACGAAGCUGCUGAGAUAUCUGCUGCUUCCGCCAGGGUUCCUGUUGCGUAUGCCAUUGUAGCUGCUUAUCAGUUUAGAUGGUUUGCUACGCAGGUUGAGUAUCCUCAUUUGGGAAAGUUGUGUUCCUUGGUGAUUCCCUGUGCAUUGACAGCUCUAGACCACUGGUCUCCGGAAGUGAAGGGGCAGAGCAUGAUUAGCUUUAUACAUCUUGCAAAGAACGUGAAUGCUGCUGAGCUUGGGUGGUAUGAAGAUGUAGUCCUUGAUGCAUGCUGCCAAAAUAUUGCUUCCAAUGAUGAAAUAUGGCAACUUGUGGUUGAGAUGUCAGUGCUGCUAGUAACUUGUAUCCAGAGAAGUAAUCCUCGUAGCCCAUGGUUUGAAAGGAUGCUGAAUGAGAUGUUCAGUCACUUAGAACGGCAACCAAGGAAUAAGGAACGCCGUAUUGAAUGGCUUGAAUUUGUUGAGCCACUUUUCCACGGCGUGGGUCUUGUGCUAUUAGCUCAUUUCAGGCGCAUAUUUCCACUUUUUUUUCAGUGGAUGCAUGCUGAUGAUGAUCAUACUGUUGUACUGGUCCUUAAACGACUCCAUACAGUCAUAAAGUUAACAUGGAUAAGGAGCACAUCAUAUAUCGAAAGAUUGGUGGAUGAACUUGCCGUUAUAUACAAGGAGGCAGCAUUGAGAAAGGCUCGAGAAGAAAUCAGAACACACAUUCUUCAGAUAUUGACCUUGCUUCGGCAGUGCAAGGGCCGGCAGUUUGAAGCAGCAUGGGACAAACACAGGGAUGAUCCAAACUUGACAACUCUUGGCCCAUCUUUCUGUGCAAGAAAUGCUGCAACGGUGGUAUGAUGAUAACCAAUGAUCCUGCAGAAAGUGGAAGAACAUGAACUUCUGCAUUGAGUAUAUACCAUGUUUGGCAGAAAUGCCAGUGCUUAAACAGCAUUGAGGCAUUUUUAUUUUUUGAGUACAGCUUUAUUUGGAAUGGAAUUCGAAAUCCGAGAAUUACUGCGGCCUACAUGCUCUUUGAUCCUACAGUUGUCAAACUGUGAGGGUUAGGGUUCUUCUUUGGGGCUCACCCCUUUUUUGAUCCAGUGAUAGAAUUUUUAUGGUUGUAAAUUAUGUUCUGUAAAAGCAUUAUAUCCAGGAAAAGGAUAUUAAAAAUCUUGCGUUUGCAA